AGCCCCCCGCCCCCACUCCCAGCUGGGAUCCCCUGGGACCCUCGCCCCAGAUCUGGGCGCUCUACUCCAGUGCGGGGAGAGUUUCAGUUUAGAGGCUGUGUGGUCGAGUGACCUUUCUUAAGUAGUGGGGACCUCCUCCCCAGGGUCUUGACCCUCCCACAGGACACCUACCCACCUACCCCCCUCCCAAAUCCUCUUUCCCAGGAAAGAGACACCCCCCGCUUUACAGGGGGUGUCUGGGCACCCCCCCCCCCUCCCCACCUUGACAGAGCUGGGAAAACCCUCCACCUAAAGGCUAUGCGGCGGGACCCUCCCCCCCACCCCUCCCAUCCCGAGUUUGGAGAACCCCUGGGUGGAGUCGGGACAUCCUUCUCUCUGGACCCCAGGAUCUCCUUUUAACUCCAGAUUUGGGUCCCUGAUUUCCCAAAGAAGACCCCCAUCUCCCGCGCCCUCAGUUUACCCCCGGUGUUUGCAAGAACCAGUUCUAACCCGGGUUGGGAGUUCUGGUGAUAGUUGCAGGUAGGUUUGCAUCCCAAAGAGAGAGGAGACUUGGGGUGGGGACAGAUCGGGCUGCGAAGACUUCCAGCUCUGAACCUCAGCCCCCCACAUUUAGGCCAACACAGAGAGUCAGAAGCAGGCCAGGGGCGAGCCUUGGCAGUGAGCUAUGUUUGCUGUGGAGGAUGUUGGCUUCCUGGGUCCGCCAAACCCCUUCGGCUAAGCCAGACUUCACUAUACUCUUCUGUAAAAUGGGCAGAGGAAAGAGACAGCUCAGACCUGGUUUCCCACCUAUGGCCCCCUUUUUUCCAAGCAGAUGCUUUGCCCACGGCCUUUCAGUCUUGUCUCAACACCCCAGGUGCAGGCUCUCCCCUUACUAGCUGUGGAAACCCAGACCUCAAGGGCCCUAGGGUGGGACAGGAAGGGCCCCCCCCCCCCCGAGGCACUUCCCUUCCCCUGAGGUUCAAGGGAAGUUGGGGCUGGUCUCACCCCUGGUUCCACUCACCAGCUGCUUCAUUAAGACACUGCAGGGGUGAAGCUUGCAGAACUGCUGGGUAGCCUCAGGUGAGGCCCUGCCCUUCUGUGGGCCUCUGGGGACCGAUCUGUGAAAUGGACUCACCUCAUCCCCCAUCUCCUCCUGGGCUUAUAGCCUCCAGGGCUCCACUUGGCCCUGGUGGGCGGGGGGAAGGUACUAGCCCUUCAUUUUGGUCUCAGAGUCCCCUCUUCCGUGCAGACCCCCCAAGCUGAUCACUGCGUCUACCGCCUCUGCCCCUCCCUUACGUACUGUUCUGACCCCAAUGCCCCUGUGGCCACUCUGGCUGCAGGUUACCGUGUCCGGUUAUGAUUUCCUCCCACUGGGGCUUCCGAGGCCUCAGGGGUGGUCCCAGGGUCGUCUGAGGGCCCCUCAAAGGUGGCCGCCAGGGUAGUGGGUAGGUUCGAGCAGCUGCUCAUCUCGCUGCCAGCAGAGGGCGCCGGUGCCCUGCAGACCGCCAAGAGGAAACUGCCUUAGAAACUCUCCUGGAGGUGCUUCUCUGAGGAAACUGAGGCCCAGAGAGGAGUCCUACCGUUUCGAGGGCACACCGCAGCCCUGACCCUAGGGGUUCCUGGGACGUCCCUUCCAUUCGGCUGUCUGGGAGGGGACUGGGGCCGGGUGAGGGGCGGGGGGGGGGGGGUGCGGGCUGCCAGGAGUGGGCACAAGGACGCCUAGGGGGUUUGUAGGAGUUUGCUGGGGGCUGCAAAUUGGGACAGGAACAUCGAGAGUUGGGAACAGCCUGGGCAAAAGCGCCGAGGUGCGACAGAGUGGCGGCUUGUGGGGAGUGGGUUGAUGACGUGGGAGCAAGGCUCUGGGAGAGGUCGAGCAUGGGCUACACAGUGAUUCAAGGCCCGACAUUCUGAGGUCAGGACUGAUUUUCUUCCAGCUCUACAAACAAGGAAACUUAAGUUUUAAGAGAUUGUCACUAGCCCGGGGUCACCCAGCUAAGCGGGAUUCUAAUCAGAAGAGGGGGGCGGGCGCCCAAGCAGAGGAGGGCCCCACGCACUUCCUCCUCCUUCCGCCCUCACUUAGAGGGGAAACUGAGGCCCAGGGUAGUCCUGGGCACUCAAGGCCCCGAUUGGGUCCAGCGCAUCCCACACCCCUCUAGCUCGGGGCUGGACGUGUCUCGAGUCAUAUCUGAAAGUGGUGGCCAGUUGAUGAUUAAACCUAGUGCCAGAAUGCUCUUGCUGGGUAACUUCAAGCCCGGGACCCGCUUCCGGCCCUGUCUCCCCUCUUUACCCCCGGGGUCUUCGAGAGACCGGCUCUGGCCCCCGAUGCUUCAGUUUCACCGAGGGCAGAGGGCAGGCAGCUGGGGCGUUUGAGGUUUUGUUCCACGCCUGGGAGGAGCCACGCCCCUCGCCGCGCCAUUGGUGUGGUCCUUUGUGGGGGUGGGGCCUGUGUCUCGCCCCGCCCCGCCCCGCCCGCCGUAUAAAGGCAGCGCCGGCGCCGGGCGCACAGGAAUUUCUGUCCUGGUCCGCAAGUGCGCCUGCGCACGUUGGGCCGGUUCGAGUUCUGAAGCUGUAGCCUCGGCGCCUCGCGCCGCCGUGCCGCCGCGUCGCGGGUUCGAGGCCAGGGUGUGUGCGUCGCGGGUUCGCAUCCCGGCCGCGAUGCUGUUCGACAAGGUGAAGGCGUUCGUGGUGCAGCUGGAUGGCGCGAGCGCGGGCGCCGAGCCGGUGUUCAGCGGCGGCCAGGCCGUUGCCGGCCGAGUGCUGCUGGAGCUGGCGGGCCCGGCGCGCGUGGGCUCCCUGAAGCUGCGCGCGCGGGGCCGCGCCCACGUGCACUGGACCGAGUCGCGCAGCGCCGGCUCGAGCACCGCGUACACGCAGAGCUACAGCGAGCGUGUGGAGGUCGUGAGCCACCGUGCCACGCUACUCGCGCCAGACACCGGAGAGACCACGACGCUGCCUCCCGGGCGCCACGAGUUCCCGUUCAGCUUCCAGCUGCCUCCGACCCUGGUGACGUCAUUCGAGGGUAAACAUGGCAGUGUCCGAUACUGCAUCAAGGCCACCCUGCACCGGCCCUGGGUCCCUGCCCGCCGGGCAAGGAAGGUAUUUACUGUCAUAGAGCCCGUGGACAUCAACACGCCUGCCCUGCUGGCCCCUCAGGCGGGAGCUCUGGAGAAAGUCGCCCGAUCGUGGUACAGCAGUCGUGGCCUUGUCUCCCUCUCGGCCAAGAUUGACCGAAAGGGCUAUACGCCAGGUGAGGUUAUCCCCGUCUUCGCCGAGAUCGACAACGGCUCCACGCGCCCAGUGCUGCCUCGGGCAGCAGUGGUCCAGACGCAGACCUUCAUGGCCCGAGGUGCCCGCAAGCAGAAGCGAGCAGUGGUGGCCAGUCUCUCGGGCGAGCCCGUGGGCCCCGGGCGGCGGGCGCUGUGGCAGGGCCGGGCGCUGCGGAUCCCCCCCGUGGGUCCUUCCAUCCUGCACUGCCGGGUGCUACACGUGGACUAUUCCCUCAAGGUCUGCGUGGACAUCCCUGGCACCUCCAAGUUGCUCCUGGAGCUGCCGCUGGUCAUCGGCACCAUCCCCCUGCACCCUUUCGGCAGCCGCUCGUCCAGCGUGGGCAGCCGUGCCAGCUUCCUGCUGGACUGGGGGCUGGGGGCCCUGCCAGAGCGACCUGAGGCUCCUCCCGAGUACUCAGAGGUGGUGGCAGGUGGGGAGGUGGCGGCCGCGGGGCAGAGUCCCUUUCCACCGCUGCAGGACGCUGACGUGAACCUUGAAGGCCCCUUCUUCGCCUAUAUCCGGGAGUUCCGCUACCGCCCCCCACCCCUGUACUCCGAGGAGGAUCCAAACCCACCCUCAGAGGCCAUGAGGCCACGCUCCAUGACCUGCUGAGGCAAGUGAAUACCUCGAGGGAUGCGGGUACACGCAGGCUUCCGGCCUCCGUGGACACGGGGAAUGGCUGCAUCGAGAGCGGCCCGACCGGACUGCGCUGAAGUUGGGGAAUCCGCGGCUCGGAACAGGGCAGGGCUUUCCGGCAUAACCCAGGACGGGGGAAGAGUCUGGAACCUGACUGACGUGGACUGGCCCUCGCGAGGCAUCAGAUGCCCCUUGUCGGAUCCCGUCUUGUCUACGCCGGCCUGUGGACAGGGCUCGGGUCCCCCGGGAGCCUCUGGUCUGGGAGAGACGUCGCCAGACGUAAACGCUUCCGGUCCCGUGGGACCAGAGGAAGAGACCCAGGACCGGGAGAGUCCAGACGGGAGCAGAGAGGGCUUCCCGGAGCAGAGGGCGUUCUGGCUGAGGCGGUGGCGUGUGAAUAGCGGCCCAGCAGGCAGACAAGCAAGAGGAGGAAGAAGUCGGAGAAGGUCAGAGCUGAGCGAUGUUUGGAGAUCACCCCCUUCAUCUCAGAACUGGGGCUCAGAAAGCGAGUGCCUCCGUUGAGGCCACACGGCAAGGGCCGGCAGGCGAGAGGGCCCAGGAGUGAGGCAUUCAGGGAAGCGGGUCAUUGGAGCUCCGUGGGGCUUAUGGGUGGCAGGAGACCACUGCUCCAGCCUUUGUUUUGUUUGUUUUUUAAAAGUAUUUAUUUAUUUUGAGAGAGCGCACGAGCAGGGGAGGGGCAGAGAGAGAGGGAGAGGAGAGAGAAUCCCUAGCGGGCUCCAUGCCGACAGCGCCGAGCCCAGCUCGGGGCUUGAACCCACGGAUGGUGAGGUCAUGACCUGAGCAGAGAUCAAGGGCUGAACGAACGCUCAACCGACUGAGCCAUCCCGGCCCCCCUCCAGCCUUUGAAAGCCAGAGAGAGAUUCCUGGCCUAGGCUGGGCCUGCCUGGGGGCUCCUCCAAGUACUCCAGGACAUGCGACUUGCCUGGGUAUCAUAUGACCAGGGAAACCUGGUUCAGAAUAUUAAGCCAGACCUUGGGGUCAGAGGUCAGCCUGGGGUAACACAGGAGGACCAGUGAGCCUCUGGAGCCUUCCUGUAUCCUGGAGGGACAAAGUGUGAGGGGGCAGCUGGACAAGCCCCCAGUUGGAGAGUCUCAGCCAUAGCUGGGGGCGGGACCCCUGCCUGGGACUCAUCAUUUUUGAUAAGCCUUAAAUUGUUCUCUUUUUUACAGAUUUUUUUUUUUUUUUUUUUUUUAAUAAAAGCGUGGGGAACGAGACUGGGCUUACUGGUUUAUUUCCCCCAGCUGCCAAGGGAGCUGAGUGGCCAUGACCUCCAUCUUGCGUCAGGAUCUCAAGGGUCGAACUCCAGGCCGAGGAGGGCGGAGGGGCCCCUUGUCCAGAAGGAGAAACUGAGGCCCAGGGACACAAAGGGAGGCUGAGCUCAGGUUGCAGCUGGACCCCAUGCCCCUUCCCUAGCACAGUCACAGAGGCUAGGAACUUGAAUGGGGGAAGGCAGACAGAGGCCUCAGAGAGGAAAAAAAGCUGGCCGGGCAGGGGCGCCCCGGGACAGGUGGAUCUUGGCUUCUCUUGAGUUUGAACCGCUUUUGUUUUUAUUCAGAUGAAACUUCUAUGCCAUGAAACGAACCCCUUUAAAGCAUAA